AUGACCUGCCAAGAUCACACAAACACACUCGCUGCAGAUGACCAUUCUCCAGAAGACAGCUUCACCCUGAACCCUGAGGACAGAAGAGAGUACCCUGAUCUCCAGGCUGCCCACCGGCCAUUCCCUAAACAGCGAUUCAGGCAGGAAAAUGGGCAUACGUCCUUGCAAAGAGAUGGACCCAGAUCUUUCCUCCUUGAUCUUCCAAACUUCCCUGACCUAUCAAAAGCAGAUAUCAAUGGGCAGAAUCCCAACAUUCAGGUUACCAUUGAAGUGGUGGAUGGCCCCGACACUGAGACAGAGAAAGAUCUGCAGAAAGAAAGCAGCAAGCCUAGCUGGCCAGUCCCGUCACCUGACUGGAGAAACUGGUGGCAGAGGUCUUCCACCUUGACUCGCAUGAGCAGUGGUGACCAGGACUACAAGUAUGAUAGCACUACUGAGGACAGCAACUUCCUAAACCCUCUCGGUGGGUGGGAUAGUCAUGCACCCAGUCACCGGACAUUUGAGUCCAAGGAGCAGCCAGAGUAUGAUUAUAUUGAUGGUGAGGGAGACUGGAGCCCAUGGUCCCUUUGCAGCGUCACCUGUGGAAGCGGCAACCAGAAGCGGACAAGGUCCUGUGGAUAUGCCUGCACUGCCACCGAGUCACGGACAUGCGACAGGCCCAACUGCCCAGGGAUUGAAGAUACCUUCCGAACAGCUGCCACAGAAGUGAGCUUACUUGCAGGAAGUGAAGACUUCAAUGCUACCAAACUGUUUGAAGUGGAUACCGAUAGCUGUGAAAGAUGGAUGAGCUGCAAAAGUGAGUUCUUGAAGAAAUACAUGCACAAAGUGGUCAACGAUCUUCCCAGCUGCCCGUGCUCCUACCCCAGAGAGGUUGCAUACAGCACUGCUGAGAUCUAUGAUCGAAUGAAGAGGAAAAACUUUCGCUGGAAAGAUGCGAGUGGUCCAAAGGAAAAACUGGAGAUCUACAAGCCAACCGCACGAUACUGCAUCCGCUCCAUGCUCUCUUUGGAAAGCACAACGCUUGCAGCACAGCACUGCUGCUAUGAUGAUAACAUGCAGCUGAUUACCAGAGGGAAAGGGGCAGGUACACCCAACCUGAUCAGCAUCGAAUUCUCAGCAGAACUCCAUUAUAAAGUGGACAUUUUGCCUUGGAUUAUAUGCAAAGGUGACUGGAGCCGGUACAAUGAAGCACGGCCUCCGAACAAUGGGCAGAAGUGCACAGAAAACCCUUCAGAUGAAGACUACUACAAGCAAUUUCAAGAAGCAAGGGAAUACUGAGAAGCUUUUCUUCUUCAGACACAAAGUAGCAUUCGUUUCCUGGAUGCCAAAGAACUGAUAAUGGCUGCUGCACUGUCUCUUUGACAGGGGUUGAUCAGUUUCUUUCUAAUGAAUGUAUAUAGUUGUAAUAUAAUACAUAAGUAUUUUU